UUCUGUUCAUUUCAUUCUUCACAGCUCACCUCCUGCAUGGUGCAGUGGUGAUAUUUCAGUUUAUUUUAUUUAUGUUUAUACUUGGUUUAUUCAUACAACAUGAAUUCAGUUUUGAACCCAGAAGCUCCAGAAUUUUAUCCACAUUUAACAUCAGUUACGCAGGUACAGACUUCGUUCUGGAACAAAGUGAGCUUGAUAACGAAAUUAUUUCAUGGACAAAGAAAACAUUUAGCGAAGGAUGGAUAUACAAAAAUCACGAAAACAAUCAAACUGUCUAAUCACCUGCCUGCAGGAGUUGCAUACGAUAUAUUCAAAACAUACACUGAUUUUGGAGUUGUGUCAUGUAAAGUGAGCAAUAAUGUUGUUGUACGAUUGAACGACAUACUUGUCAAUGAACUGCCAAAUGUGAAGCUGAAACCAAAAAAUAUCGCAUACAACACAGAGAAAAUAAUAGACGCCAACGACAAUAUUAUGGACAGAGUUAACAUCCACAUUGACAAUGUGUGCAGAGUGAACGCACCAUGCGAGCAGUUCCUGGCAGGUGUCAAUCCGAACUGCAAUGCCUGGAGUGACAAGCCCCUUAUCACAAAGAUAGAGGUGGGGUCCGCCAUGUUCUUUGGGGCUAAAAAUGUACGAAGGCCCCAAUUGCGAUUCAAAGACACAAUCGACAACUCGAACAACCUAUGGGUCCCGAAGAUUUCGGACAAACCGAACAAUAUUAAACCACUGGCUUUGAACAUUUUGUUCAAUGAUGAAGGCCAGGCAGUUGGGUAUGAGCACCCUUACAAAGUGGAGAUCGAAACCUUUGAGCCGUCGCUCGAGGUAUUAUCGGCUGAUCCAGAGCCUCCGACGUUCCCACCACCGCUAGAGGAAACGAAUUAUACGUACAUCGACACCGAGGAGCUUGUCGAUCAGCUCGUGGAACAUCUCGAGACUGUCGAGGAAUUGGCUGUGGACGUCGAACAUCAUUCUUACAGGACUUAUCAAGGCAUAACCUGUCUGAUUCAAAUAACGACGUACGCCGGCGACUUUCUCGUCGACACUCUUGCUGUGCGUGAACAUGUUCACAAACUGAACUUGUCGUUCACCAACCCGAACAAGAUAAAAGUGUUCCAUGGCGCUGAGAUGGAUGUGCUGUGGCUACAGCGCGACUUCGGCGUGUACGUGGUUGGUAUGUUUGACACCCACAAGGCUGCACGCGCGCUCAACCUGCCAGCGCUCUCCCUAAAAGCCCUGCUCUUCCGUUACUGCGGGGUGAACACAGAUAAGAAGUUUCAACUCGCCGAUUGGCGCAUUCGUCCGCUGCCGGAUGAAUUGGUGCGCUAUGCGCGUUUGGACACGCACUACUUGCUGUACAUCUGGCGUCGUAUGAAGGGCGACCUGCUGGACGCGGGUGGAGGAGCGUACAACCGACUGCUCUCGGUCUUCGAAGUGAGCCGCCAUCUGUGUGGCCACACCUACAACAAGGAAGUGUUGCACGAGAACAGUCACAUGAACAUCUACACGCGCUCGAAGAAGUCUUUCAAUUCUAGGCAAAUGGCCGCCCUGCGGAUGCUGUAUCGCUGGCGUGACGCUAAUGCGCGGGAGAUGGACGAGAGCACAAACUACUUGUUGCCGAACCACAUGAUGUUGACGCUCGCCGAGACACUUCCAAAGGAAAUGCAGGGCUUGAGCGCUUGUUGCCACCCUAUGUCGCCGUUCCUCAAGCAGAAUCUCGUCACCGUGCACCGUAUGUUGCUGUCGUGCCGCGAGCUCCCGCUGGAACCCCUGCCGCAUGAGAUGCUGCAAGAAGACGAGUAUAUAGAGCCGCCGCAACUCACAUACGAUGUCCUUGAUUUGGGAAAUUACCCCGAAUACACUGACGACGGCGGACUGGACGAGGCCGCGGGCCCCCUGGAGGAGGUGGAGCUUCCCGAAAAUGCCGACAUUGCAGCCUUCAAGACUCCCAAGCCUGGCACUGGAUCGCGUUUGAAUGUGGAUGCGAAGAUGUUCAUACCACCGUACGACAGAUACAAGCAGUAUCGUUCUUUGGCGCAGAUUGAGGAGAUAAAGGAAUACAAUGAGAAAGAGGCGAAGAUUAAGGCCAUAUCAAAGGGCAACGAGUAUAUUAAGACUGAAGUGCUGAUCAAGUUACAGGAAGCAAAGACGCUCAUCGAAAAAGAGAAUAAGAAAAGCGAGAAAGAGCCCGAAGAUGAGGCUGUGGCACCGGUGGCCGAUGUGACAGGCACAGCUGCGCUGCGCAAGCGCAAGUUCUCAAAUGACAAAGGUGCUAAUAAGAACGAACCGAACACCACCCAGGGGAAGACUAAGGCUGAAAAGAAUAAGCCGCAGAAGAACAAGCUACAUAAGAGCAAGCACCCGAAGUACAAGCAGGAGAAGAACAAGUUGGAGAAGAACAAGCUGGAGAAGAACAAGCUGGAGAAGAACAAGCUGGAGAAGAACAAGCAGGAGAAGAACAAGCAGGAGAAGAACAAGCCGGACAAGAACAAGCCUGUGAAGAACAGGAACAAAAAUCGGAACAAGGCCAAAAAUAAAACCGAGGCUGUAGCCACAACUACUACUAACGUAAAGCCGUUCAACUAUAAGAACGUGAACUACAGGAAAUUCCGCGAGGAGCCGGAGCCGCACAAGCAGUCUAAGACAAAGCUGAAGAAAAAUUAAAAAAUAAUCACUUAUAUUAUAAGCGAAAGUAAACCCAUGUAAUCGAAA